AUGACAACGACGUCAUAUCGUGGAAAAACAAUUUUGCCUCGAUACGUCUGUAUUAACGGAAACCUCGAAGAGAAUGUGCCCAUCGCCAUCGACGACGACGGUGUGAUCACGGAAAUCGGCGGCUUGUUACCGUAUGACGUGAUACGGCUCGAACAUGAGAUAAGCAUCAAGGCAUUUCUGAUUCCCACCGUUGAGAGCAAAAAGUAUCUCAUGUCCGUUUCUUUCUCAAUCGAAUUCACAAUUGAAGGAAACUCCAGAAAAUGGGCACUUUCUGGAAUUAACGGGAUGCCUAACCAGGCCCAUUCAGCACGAGCUGUUACUUUUGAUAACAUCAGAAAGCUGUACGAAUUCGCCGUAGAGAGAAAGCUCGCAUUCCACAUCCAUCUUGAAGAACAACCGAAAGAGAUUGAGGACUGCAUGCGAUUUCUCGGAGAGAAAAAGGGCCCGUCGGACGUCCUACUAGAGAAUCUCGAAAUUGGCGCUCUCUUCUCGGCUGUUCAUGCCACCUACACACCGCCCAUAACCGUAACUGAAGAAGUUCACACAGCUUGGCGCGAACGUAGUCGAUAUCUGGGAGAUGGUAUUCCGCAUGUGAUAGAUAAUCAACACAUUAGCUUUGGCACUGACUGCAACAAUCGCAUCAGCUUUCUCGAGGAAAUGCGAUGGGCUUGCUAUUCUCAGCAGGCGGUCUGUCGCAGCCGCUUGCUCCACCACGCUACCAUGGGAGGAGCUCGAUCCCUCUCUAUUGAUAACAUCACUGGAAGUAUAGAGAUCGGCAAACAACUGGACUUCGUCUCGUUCAAUCUGAACUCCCCCGUUCUAGCCGGCCUCAACUCUGAUACAUUGGUCGACGGAAUCAUCUUCAGUUGCGGCAACAGAGAGAUCAGUAGAGUCGUUGUCGCAGGGAGUCACUCGGUUUUUCAAAUGACCAACCUUUUAACAGUGGUUCGCAGAAGCUGUUCAUAUGCAUGCAUACAGUGGCGCUUAUCCCUUUGUCACUCCUUCACACUAUUUUGUUCGAUGUCCAUCUUGAUAUAG